GCAACCGUACACAAUUUAAAUCCGUUCUUCUCCCAAAAAAAAAAAAAAAAAAAAAAAAAAAGGCAUGGCAUCCAAAGCGUUCUACGCCAUCGUAGCAGGCGUCGGCCCGGGGACCGGACGCGCCGCGGCGUUGCGGCUCGCCAAGGCGUACCCGGUGGUGGUGCUGGCGCGCAAGCCCGACAGCUACAACGACCUGGUGGCGGAGAUCAAGUCGAGCGGCGGCAGCGCGGUGGGCAUCUCGGCCGACACGUCGGACGAGGGCUCGGUCAGGUCUGCCUUUGCGGCCAUCAAGAAGGAGCUGCCCGAGAGCAGGCUCGCGGCCGCCGUCUACAACGUCGGCGCGGGGUUCGCCGUCAAGCCGUUCCUCGAGUACAGUGCCGAGGAGCUCGAGUCGAGCUUGUCUGGCAAUGCAGGCGGUCUCUUCAACUUUGCGCAGAGCUCCAUUCCGCUGCUUCUCGAGUCGGUUGACGAUGCUCCUCACCCGCCGACUCUGAUUGUGACGGGUGCUACGGCCUCGCUCAAGGGCUCAGCUAGAUUUGCAACCUUUGCUGCGGGCAAGUUCGCAAAGCGUGCUAUUGCGCAAUCCCUAGCUAGGGAGUUUGGACCAAAGGGUGUCCACGUUGCUCAUGUCAUUAUCGACGGCAUAAUCGACACACCCAGAACAAAGGAGUACAAGGCCAACAAUGGAGCUCCAGAUGGAGCCAUCGACCCCGAUGCCAUCGCCGACACAUUUUGGCAUCUUCAUACCCAGCCCAGGUCUGCAUUUACUUUUGAGGCGGACCUGAGACCAUAUGUUGAGAAGUUCUGAAUGCAUGUUAGUAGCAAUUAUUAGUCAAAUGACAAAAGAGCAAGCUGAAAGUCGAUGCUGGUUGAUGACUGCGUGCACAGAGUUGGUUGCAGGUAUGGGCAAAAGUAGUCGUUAUCGCGUACAAGGCCUGGCGAAGGUCCCAUAAGUGAGCUCGAAUCGAGAUGUCUAUGUGCAUUCUUUCUGAAUACAUGUCGGUCCAGUCUCUAUCACCAGAUGGCGGUGAUCUCGACCCACAGACAAAGCGGCGCGUCUUUGCGCGGGCACGCAUUGGCUCGGGUUGAUCAUGUUGCCGCUCCCGGCUUCUACUCGCUCGAAUUCCCCCCCGGGCGAAGAUGUUGGUAAAGGCCCCCAGACAGAUGUCUGUUCUGCUCAGGUACCUGGCGCCCCUGGCACCGUGAUACCGUUCUCAAGUGCCAACCGUUCUUCCUCCUUGCGCUGCCUGAUAGCUUCCGUCUCGGCACGUAGUUUCUCCAGAUUCCAGGGGUCGUCAUCAUCCUCGGCAUCGUCGUCGUCCUCUUCGGUGCGCCAGUUGCCGCUCUCAAAGAGAGCACGUCCUGUCGCAUCCUUGGCCUUGCGAGCCUGCUCCUCAGCCGCCUUCUUAUCCAACCGAUCCUUCUUCCACUUGGCGAAUGACUCGGGCGUGACGGGGGUUAAAGUUCCCGUCAGCUUGUGCCUUUCCGACUCCAAGAAUUCUUCGAGAGUCAGAGUCUUGAGUGGUGACUUGUCCAAGAGGGCCUUUUCGCGAGCUCGGUCUUCUUUGGUCUUGAGCACGAAGCUGUUUCAAAGCGUGCUUGUACAUGCACUUGUCACCUCCGUUUGGACAGAUCCAGAACCAUCCGUACUUGCCAUCCUCGAUAGCCUCGAUAAAGUACUUGCAGACCUUGUCCGUCGUAGUCCUCUGGUUGCCCUUCUUGCUCAGGACGACACUCCGCAGCUUGUCCUCGUCCCAGUCGGCCGAGGUCUCAACCUUCUUCUUGUCAUCCUCCCCUUCCCUAGUGUCGGUGUACAAACUCUUCUUUUCCGUCUUGCGCUCGACGUCCAGGUCGUGGCUGAACUUGCACUUCUUGCCCUUCUCGCAGUUGCCCUUCUUGAAGAAGAUGCAGAGCACCGUCUUUGGGUCGACGCCAAAAGGCACCUUUUGGAUCUGGGCGGGCUUGUUGAGUAGGAGGUCGGCCUCGCGUUUGGCGUCCUCUGCUGCCUUCUUUUCGCGCUCGCGUGCCGCCUUUUCUGCUUCCUUGCGCUUCUGCUCGGCGUUGCCGCCAGACUUGGCCUGAGCCUGCAGCUGUGCAAUCUGCUUCUGGGCGGCACCACCCUUCUUGUUCUUCAUACCAAAGGUCUUGUCAUCGACGACCUUGGCCGUGCUGGGCUUCUUGCCCCCGGCCUUGUCAUUCUUUUUUGGAGGCAUCGUGCGGGGCUGUGUUGGGCUCGCUCGCCGACCGAUGAAAGGGUUUUUAUUUGGAUUAGAUUCGAUGGGAGUGGCAGCAGGAUGGAGUUUAUUCAGAAAGACGAAUUGCGUCUGGGGGGGGGCGGGAG